GCGCCAGCGCGUAGCGCGCCCCUAGCGCCGAGGGCCGCAGGGCCGCCCGCCUCGCCAUGGUGCUGCCGCCGCCCGACCGGCGCCACGUCUGCCUCACCACCAUCGUCAUCAUGACCAGCAUGGCCUUCAUGGACGCCUACCUGGUGGAGCAGAACCAGGGGCCCCGCAAGAUCGGCGUCUGCAUCAUCGUGCUGGUGGGGGACAUCUGCUUCCUCAUCGUGCUGCGCUACGUGGCCGUGUGGGUGGGCGCCGAGGUGAAGACGGCCAAGCGGGGCUACGCCAUGAUCCUGUGGUUCCUCUACAUCUUCGUGCUGGAGAUCAAGCUGUAUUUCAUCUUUCAGAAUUACAAAGCGGACAAGAAGAACCUGGAGACGGUGGCCAGGAAAGCUCUGACCCUGCUGCUCUCCAUCUGCGUGCCGGGGCUCUACCUGGUGCUGGUGGCCUUGGACAGCAUGGAGUACAUACGGACCUUUCGGAAGAAAGAGGACCUGCGGGGACGCCUCUUCUGGGUGGCCCUCGACCUGCUGGAUAUCUUGGACAUCCAGGCCAACCUGUGGGAGCCACACAGGACUGGCCUGCCCAUCUGGGCAGAGGGGCUCAUGUUCUUCUACUGCUACAUACUCCUGCUGAUCCUGCCUUGCGUGUCCCUCAGUGAGAUCAGCAUGCAAGGGGAGCACAUUGCCCCGCAAAAAAUGAUGCUCUACCCCGUCCUCAGCCUGGUCACCAUCAACAUCGUCACCAUCUUCAUCCGGGCCAUCAACAUGAUCUUGUUCCAGGACAGCAGGGUCUCCACCAUCUUUAUCGGCAAGAACAUCAUCGCCAUCGCCACCAAGGCGUGCACCUUCCUGGAGUACAAGCGGCAGGUGAAGGAGUUCCCGCAGAACGCCAUCGCCCUGGAGCUCCAGCAGAACUCCCUCUCGCACAACCAGACCAUGCACAGCGCACAGGGCAUCCCCCACGAGCCGUCGCCCACCAGCGAGAUCCUGGACACAUGAGGGUGCCCCGGGCCGGCGGUGGUUCAGACGGCCCCGUGCCGAGCGGAAGAGGGAUGGCGCUGCUUUCCUGCUGCCCGCUGCAAGCACGACAGACAAAUCCCGGCAGUGAGGGCUCUUCUAGGCACAGAAACACCAACAGCGUUCCAAUUGAGCUAUGGAGUGUCCUCUAGACGUCUUCAUCUCAGGUACAACCCUAGGAGUCCUCCAGACAAACCAAAUGGACUUGCAAAGGACCUGAACCAGCUGACCCUCUCUCCCCCUCCUGCCACCAUCUCCCCUCCUGAGCAAAGACUGCUAAGGUUGCAAUGUCCCUUUUUACUCCCCGAGCACCUCACCUUUACUCCAAGCCUGGAUCGAAGAUUUUGUUACUGGAGACCUUUUUACGGGGUGGGGACGAGGGCAUAGGGGUGUGGAUUGGGGGGAGGGUGGGGCGUUUCAAGCAGUAAACCCUGUGAUCGUAGAUGUCUCUUAUCUCCAAUGGUUGUGUUUACAGUUUCCUAUUUAUAUCGGCUCCGGGGGCUCUCAGGCUGCCCUGGGGCAGUGUCCUCGAGGUGGGUGAGCAGGGAGCCCUGCAGUGGGGAGCGGGGCUGGGGCCGGCGUGGCUGCCCUGGCCCGGGCUGAGGAGGACUGAGGCUCCACCAGCGCCCUGCGCCAACUCUGCCAGGAGCAAUAUCUGACGAGCUAGAGCUAAUCUAAUGCUGGUGUUUUAUGUAUUUCAUUCACUCCAAACGACUCAGCACAAUAUUUCUAUUUUUAGAAGGGUCCCUCUCUCUCUCUCUCCUUGCCAUGGAGAGCCUCCCUGCCUGCAGCAGCCCGAGCAGCCUCCCCAGCCCCAGCACUGCUGCUGGCAGGCAGGGGCACCCAGGAGGGAUGUGGAACAAGGAUGGUGACGAUGCAUUUCACUCUGGCAUCAAGCAUUUAUAAAGAAGGCUGCUUUCCACAGCUACUAUAUUUUUAAAAUAAAUAUUAAAAAAGAAAAAAAAAAAAAAAGAACAAAAAACUCAACCAAACCCCAGAAUAGGGCCGGGAAGAAUGUGCUGUCCCUGGCAGGUGGCUGGGUUUGGGGAUGAGCUGGGCUGGGGUCUCCUCUGCAGGCGUGGGUGGUGCUGAGGGGCUCAGCCACGGGCAGCAGGGUGGGAGGUGAGGGCCAGCCAGACAAUAAAAGCCCCAUGAGAGCAA